CGUAAAGCCAGUCUGGCCCGGCGAUCAAUCAUAGCAGGGCCAGGGGGAGAGAGAGGGAGAGUUAGCGCGAGAAAACUGAAAAACAGAAAGGAACAAAGGUCAUUGCUUUGUUUUUGCCGGCGACCCCAACAAUCAAGUGAUCGAUUCCUCCGCUCUCGCAAAUUAAAAAGCUAUGCCCUUUUUCCCGAUGUGAGGCUUUCUCAUCCCCGAUCGGCCAGGAAGCGGGUGGAAGAAUUGAAUUAGUAAAGCAAUGAAAGGCGUCUUAGCGGCGCCGGGAGAUUAUGUCCACUUCAAGUCCCAAGUUCCUCUCCAUAAGAUCCCCAUUGGAUCAAAGCAGUGGCGGUACUAUGAUUUUGGUCCCAAAACGGUGGCUCCGCUGAUAUGUCUUCCUGGGAUAGCAGGAACCGCGGAUGUUUACUACAAACAGAUUAUGGCAUUGUCCAUGAAGGGUUAUCGGGUGAUCGCUGUUGAUAUUCCACGCGUUUGGAAUCAUAUGGAAUGGAUUCAGGCGUUUGAUAAGUUUUUAGAUGUCAUCAAUGUUCAUCAUAUGCACCUCUAUGGUACAUCUCUUGGAGGCUUCCUGGCUCAAAUAUUUGCUCAGCAUCGUCCAAGGCGAGUGAAAUCAUUGGUCCUAUCAAAUACAUUUUUGGAUAAUCGGAGUUUCGCAGCUGCUAUGCCAUGGGCACCUUUUGUUAGUUGGACACCUUCGUUUUUGCUCAAACGAUAUGUCUUGACUGGGAUUCAAGAUGGGCCCCAUGAACCUUUUAUUGCGGAUUCAGUAGACUUUGUUGUUUCUCAGGUCGAAACACUUUCAAAGGAUGAUCUAGCAUCAAGGCUAACUUUGAAUGUUGAUGCCGCAUCGGUUGGAUCUCUGCUCCUUUCUGACCAAUUCAUCACCAUCAUGGAUACGAAUGACUACUGUGCGACACCUCAGCAACUGAAGGAUCAGUUGAGCGAGAGGUACCCGGAGGCAAGGCGAGCUCAGUUGAAGAGCGGUGGCGAUUUCCCAUUUCUUUCACGGCCAGAUGAAGUCAACUUGCAUCUCCAGUUGCACCUGAGGCGAGUUGGGGUAGAACCUCAACCUGCGAUGGUGAGGGGCAUUCCACCUGGAAGUGGGACUGGAGGAAGUCAAAGCAAAGAGAAAGAUGAGGAGGAGGAAGAAGAAGACCGACAUGGUCCAUCGAAAGAUGGAGGGAACUCUGCAGCAAGCUCUUCUUCAGGUAGUGAUCCGCUGCCUUUGCCUCCUCCAGAGAGUUCCGAAUCACCACCCACCAGUUCUGAUCAGCUCCUCAACAAGGAUGUUUUGGUCGCACGGAGUUAUGGUGCAAUGGCGGCAUUUCUUCAUCACUUGGUUGCUUCUUACGUGGGAUAUGUGUACAUUAGUUUGAACUAUGGUCGGGAUUCCAGACAAAUGUUAAUGUAGCGACGAUGGGUGUGCAUGCUGCUGCUUUGAAUUUUCUACAAGCGAUUUAGUGCGAACGAAUUGAGAAUCUGGUGUUUGGUAGUGGUGUUGCUUUGCACAUAACCCAUGUCUUCCCAUGUCUGGCAUUGUUGUAAAUUUGGCGUUCAAUGGUUCUUUCAUAAGUUUUCAGUUAGGUUCGUGGUUUCCAUGAGAUUCCGGCCAGACCAAUGUUUAUCGUACGAUUUUAAACUGCUUUUACAAAUAGGCUUUGUUUGAACUGUCAGACUUCACAAGUUCAUCUUAGUUUUGCCUUAUUGUUUGUACUUUAUUACAUUGUUUUAUUCUUUUCAGGA